CAAGAGGUGGCUACAACUAGUACAACCAGUACUGCAGAUGGUAGCAAGAACAGUAAGACUUCUGAUGAAAAGACUGGAAUGGAUAAGGAAGAUAAGGCAAAAACUCUUGAAACAGCCAAGAAAGAAGCGGAGGAAGAUGAAACUACUUUCUUUCCUGCACCACAAGCGCCGCAACACAAGAUAACAAAGGCUCUCCACGACCCAGACCGUCUGCUCGCGCGCGAUCUGGAGCUCUUUUAUCAGCCUGUGGAAGGGUCUUUUUUGGAAAAGCUGUACAAGGAAUGGGCAGCGCGUCUUGCUUGGCGAAGUGACCGCCAAAAGAUCAUAGUGCCUGGAGUCAAUAAAUACGUGUACUCAGGGAAUGGCUUGAGCACUUUGGAUUUAAGGGAAGUGUGUAUCACAUGAUCCUCAGCAUUUGUGCACUUGUUUUGCACAUAUUCACUCUCAACAACUCUUUUUCCUGAAGAGGGAAAGUAGGGUAAGAAUGUGACCUGGAAGAGUGCAAAGCUACAAUGCGACUCACACCCGCUAAUUAAUCUCUACAUCGAUGACGAAGCUCGACGAGCUAAGGAAAAUACGAUGUCACGGGAAGAGUUAAUUGCACAACUCCAACGGAAAAUGUUGGAACCAGCAUCAGUCUCAAUGAGAGUGCAGAAGAAACUGGCGUUGAUUAAGGCGACGUACCACACUAUGUAUUAGUUACCACUACAAGAACAUCACCCUGCUCUCUUUAACUUCUACCACUACCACACUCUGAUCACUACACUAUUACUUCAACUUCUAGUACCGAAAACCAAUUUAGUACUUAAAUUCUUGAUCUUCUAAAUCACUCGACGCUUUCGUAUGUCCCCAGUAUGGCAGUUUGCCACGGGAAUUGUGGGCAUCGCGCGUCGGUGAUGGCAUCUGCGACUGUUGCGAUUGCAGUGAUGAGCGGAGGAACGGAAGGCUGUUUUCAAGAACCCUUUCAGAUUCGGAAGAUGGUAAAAGAAGAACCGAUACCGAAACCGAUGCACGUCCAAUCAAGAACACCUGUGCAUCACAAGGAAAAGAGGUGGAGCGGAUUCUUAGCGAGACGCACCAACGCUUUUUUUCGAGUAGGACAACCUCAAGUCUUGUGGAGACGGAAGAAGACGAGAAGGCCCUGAUGUACCCGCAACUUGAUGUAUGAAAGGAAAAUGAUGUUCCUGUUUCUCUCAGGCGGCUAAGCAGCAGGUUCUAUCUUAACAAGACUGAUAUAUAAAUAUGAUUGAGUGUCGGUUUCCUCCGACCGCAUGACAUGAGCAAUCCUCUGCCACUGUGAAUGGUGUGAAGUAGACUGAUAAGUAAAUAUGAUUCCGUGUCGGUUUCCUAUUAUUUCAUAGAAUUUUGAAACCAACAAUAGAAUUAGAAUUAGAAUUAGAAGUGAUAGAACGUCUAUGUGAGCAAUCCUCUGCCACUGUGAAUGGUGUGCUUCACCGUGUUUUUGCUCUCUCAUUUCCCGCAGCCACCAUUUCGCGAAAUGCUAGGGCUCUGGCCGUUGUUACCGGUGACGAGGAGGUAGAUCCACGACGUGUGUGCCAACGGGAGUUGCGACGAGUCACUAAUGGAGUGGCGCGAGAACUGCAACUAGAACCGCCAGUUGCCACGGCUGAGGCAGCGGCUUUGACAGAGGAGGAAGCAGUAGAGAUACUUAUGAAGGAAUCGCGUAAAACGUGGUUGCUGGUUUUUGCAACAUGGUUCUUACAAUCAGCAAGUCAUCUUUCAAUAUUCUCAGCGGUCGUGAAAAGGGAAAUAUGGGUAGUACAUACUUGUACUUACUCAGUUCAAUCAUUCACUCUUUUUCAGCUGUUCGUUGUAAAGAGCCACAGCAUCUGCAACUUUCAUAAUCAGGAAAGACACGGACGGCUUGAACUCCUUAGCAAUUGAACGGUUAGAACACUUACAAGCGGCGAUCGAGAAUCAAGAAAGGCGGGUAUCAAGCUUGAUGAAGGAGGAGAAAAAGCAUAAGGAUAAGAUUCAAGGUUCUCAAGAUGUAGGUAAGGCUAAGAAUCCUGUUGGUGUGGAGGAUGGAUCGUUUACGCAAGAGGAAGGAAAGGGAAAAGAACAAGACAGCCCAGCGAUAGCAAAGCGAAGAAAGAAGAUCAUCGAGUACUUGGAAAAGGCUGAGAAGAAGGUAAAAGCACGUUUUUCUUGGCUUCGGGAUGCUCCAGCGAUAACUCUAAAGGAAAUCGAGCCGCUCUUUUGUGUAUCUAGUUCGUCACCAUCUUCUGCUUCUUCUUCUCCUUCUUCUAGACAAGACAAAAGUGGUAUAGUCGCAGGAGCAGAUCAAAGCGCCACCAUUGUAGGCUAUGGCGAGGAUGGAAAGCCGAUCUUGAUCUACGGUAGUGACCAAGGCACAAUGCCAGCAGCUUCAGCAGGAAAGCAACGAGAUUCGUCCUCCUCGCAUACAUCGUCUCAAGUACUAGCAGGUUUUGUCCAGUCGGACUGUGCUGAUGUUGCGAUAACCUGCACUUCUCUGUGCAACGCCAAUAAUGGGAGAAGCGCCGGAACAGGUGAGACGAUCUGUGCGACAGGGAAAAAGUUGACGCGUGCGGAACCGAGGCCAUCGUUUCAUAUGUUGCCACCGCAGGAAGCAAAACUGAUGGAAUUCGUAAUGAUCAUUUUAGAAUCUUCCUCGCACACUUACUGUUCUUCUCUGUCUACUCUUCAACUACAACAUCGACACCCACGAAUGUACUCAAGCCACAAUGUGCGUCGUUGCCCUCAAGCCACAACCAUCCUUCACACAAAAACAACCCCUCAGCACCAUCGUCUUCGUGGUGACCGUUGUCUAGUAGUUGGCGACCAAGAUGAACGUGAAAGGCAGUUACUGGAUUUGCGAGAACGUUUUGUCAGUUUAUGGGAUGAUCGAAUGCGCUUUGUGAGGCUAGCUGAUUUGAAAAAGACGAUCGCCAAUCUCUGGACUGAUGAAGUCAAGGGAAUUGAUGGUACUGGGGGUUUCGAGUGUCUUCUAGUGUUAGAUGAAGCUAGUGAUUGUCGAAUAAAUUGAGAAAGUUACCGAAUCAGCCCUCUUCAGGGAGGCAAUCCGUGUUUUCGCCUUUCUACAACCUCCAAUAACACUACCAGGUCGUCUUCUUUCCCUUCUAGUCGGCUCAAGCCUGUGUCUUGCGAAAAUUAUCGAUCAGUAUAUGGCGACAACCAGUGGCUCGCAACAGUGGGUUCUGUACAGAUACCGUAUCUGUUUCGAUGGCCACGUGACGCAAGAGGAACUCUUGGCGAAAACGGAGAGUAGAGUUACAGUUAGAGGAGAUCAGCAAACAAGAAAAGGUGUGCUUGAUAGACAUAGAUCUUCUAGUACACGAGACAGUCAGACGAGUCACAUAGUGAAGAAAAGCAUCCUCCUCGGACGCGUCCCUGCUGUAGAAGAAGCAGCACAAUUGAUGAUGACAUAUGACGGUUUGGAACAGCGUGUGCCAUUCACUGGUCAAGGCGGCCGCCAUCUUCCGGGUUUGCUUUAUACGCAGGGUCAGGACUGUCCAGGCAUUGGCCCACGAUCAGCUAAAGUCGUAUUCACCUGUGGACCAGGACUGGAACUUGUUUAUGGCUUCAUCUACUAGACUUUUCGAAUUAAGUUGUUUGAAGAAGGGAAAAUCAUAAUUUUCCUCUUCCUCCGACGGAGGAGGACUAGCAAGGUAGACGGACACACAGACAGACAGGCACACAGACACAAGUACUUAACUCUGUUGAAUUGUAACCACCUCAACUACCUGUCAUCACUGGGAUAGUACUUAACUCAGUUAAAUUUUCGUCACCACCUCAACUACCUUUCAUCCUCCUGACGUGCGUGAAGUUCGGACGUGCGUGUACCAGUUUGAAGUGCAGACUCCAGGAGGCUGUGGGACACAGCUGCGUUUCCUAGGCUUUCCUAUGAACCAACCUAGUGUGGAAAUGAAUGCGCGAGGGCCCUAUGACAUCUUUCGGCACGUGGCCAAUCUGGAUAGACUCAGCAGGGAAGCUAUAGUGCCGGAUCAUCUUGUACCUCUACCUGAAGCUGAAGACCGUCUGGUACCAAGCAGAUUUGAGGAACAGCCGACAGAAGAUGUAGAAGUCGUGGGACUAGAUCGUGCAACAGUGACCACGAGAGCGACAUCAUCGAGUCAUCUUCAUCUAGUACAUCCAACAAGAACUACUACAACUACAUCUUCCCCAUCCACGACGUCUUGGCCAGACAUGGAGUUUUUGGCUACGCAUCGUAUCUUAGCCUACGAUCCUCGCGGGGACGGUUAUAAUUAUGUCACAUGGAUCGAUACGGUAGAAAGAUGGCAAACAAAAUGGAAAGAGUUUGUUAGCUUCAUUCCGUUUCUGAGAUAGGUGAAAAGCUGUGAAUUUUUUGGGAUAUAUUUAUACCGUUUUUGGAUUGAUAUUAUUUCAUCAGAUGGUGAUGCAUCAGAAAAGGCAAUAACUGAGGUAACAUCAAUUUAACAUCAACGUAAGCACAAUACGCUUCCCUACAAAGACCACUAUCGAUUUCUAUCAAACAGGCAGAUGAUGCAGGGCGAAAGUUGCUUCAAAGAGAAGAAUGCUUUCACUGGUGGUCAAAGUGAUCACAUGAAGUGUUUACGAGACACGUACUAUGCGAAAAGAACAUACUGUCGAUGCAAAUCAAAAUUAUGG